AUGCCUCGCCGAAAAUUCAUCAAUAAAAAGACAGCAACAACCUUCCAGCUCGUCCACCGCGCCCAAAAUGACCCACGAAUCAACGAUGACUCCGCCCCUGACAUGGUCUUCAAAGAGGUGGAUGCGCCCAAUGCGAACAAGACCUCCGCAGGCAGCUCCGAUUUCAGCACAAGCAGCAAAGUCAAGCACCGCGGCGACCUAGAAGCAGAGUUCGGCCUCGCCGUCCGCGCCAACGAAGGCGAAGCCGCAAACCAUGGCGUCUUCUUCGACGACACAGAGUACGACUACAUGCAGCACAUGCGCGACAUCGGCACCUCGACGGAUGCAUAUUGGAUCGAAGCUCCCGCUGCGCAGAAAUCCCGGAAGGGGAAGCAGGUGAAGCUGGAAGAUGCGCUGGAGUCGCUGGCGCUUGGGGAGUCUGCGGCGCAGAGCGAGGCGGGACUUAGUACGGCGUCUACGACCUCGCGGGCGGCGGAAUUGUUUGGUCCGGACCUGGCGGAGUCGGAGUUUGUGAGAAAGAGGACGUAUCAGGAUCAGCAGGAUGUGCCGGAUGCGCUGGCGGGGUUCCAGCCGGAUAUGGAUCCGAGGCUGCGAGAGGUGCUGGAGGCGCUGGAGGAUGAGGCGUAUGUGAACGAUGAGGACGACGUCUUCGCUGAGUUGGCCAAAGAUGGAGAGGAGGUUGAGCGGAACGAAUGGGAAGCGGAGGGUUGGGAGGGAGAGGAGGAAGAGGGCUGGGAGAGUGAUAAUACGGUAAAGCCGGAGAAAGAGUUUACGGGGAAGCAGGACAAGGAAGUGGAUGCAGAGGACGUAGCACUGCCGCAAGCGCAAGAAACGGGGGAGACGUCAGGCGAUCAUGGUGACGGCGAUUGGAUGGCUGAGUUCAGCAAGUUCAAGAGAGACGUAAAGGCGCCAAAGGCACCGAAGGAGGGUCUUGCGCCAUCAGAACUGCAGUCAAGUAUCCUGACAGGCAUGUCUUCCCUCGCGGGAGGCCGUCGAAAGAAGCGGAAAGGCGCAAUGACAUCCACGUCCGGUUAUAGCAUGUCGUCGUCCGCGUUAUUCCGGACGGAGAAUCAGACACUAUUAGAUGAUCGAUUCGACAAAAUCGAAGAAGAGUACGCGGACGACGGGUAUGAGGCUGAUGAUACAGCGUCGAUGGUCUCCGGCAUGUCGGGCCUCUCGAAGGUUUCAGGAGUGUCGGGCUUGAGCACAGCAUCGAGUCAGGCGCCACAGCUACGCUCCGAUUUCGACAACAUCAUGGAUGACUUUCUGGGCGGCUACUCAAUGAGCGGUAAGAGAAGGGUGAAGAGAGGUGGACACCAGACGGGCAUGGAGCAGCUAGACGAGAUAAGGAAGGGUCUCGGGCCGGCGCGGUUGAAGUCGCAAAAGGUGUAG